CCGUUGCAUAUCAACAGUUUCUGAAAAAUUAAAGUUUCGAUCACCGUCAAAACCAUGAAUUCCAAGAGCGUAGACUACACCGGGGCUAAGACAGGCGUCUUCUGGGACGUUGAAGAUUGUCCGGUCCCUGAUGGUCUAAGUGCUGCUGAUGCUACGAACAACAUUAAAAACGCUCUAAAGUUUGCGGGUUUUAAUGGUGAAGUGUCAAUCAUUGCCUUUGGUCAUACAAGGAAGUACCUUGCUGGUAUAAAACGAAACAACCAUACCACCUUGAAACAAUUCCGCGCAGGAGAUCGACGUGCGAGACGUAGAGCUAUUUGUGAUAGCUUAUUUGAGUGGACAAUACUUGUUAAUGAACGUAAACUGACAAAUUUGAUGAUAAUUAUUGGAGAUACUACAGUGAACACUGCGUUGGUCGAUUAUCUUCAUGACCUGGUUGGGUUUGGUUUUAAUCUUCUCGUCUCACAGUCUCCUGCAAACAGGUCAAUACCGCUCCACCCUUCUGUAUUUACCGAAUGGCUUUGGCCUGACCUAGGACUUGGAAAAGAGCCUAUCUACAAAUGGGGAGACCCAGUACUUGGUAAUGAGGAUUACUUAACACUUCCUCCGGCAGAGGUUCCUGAAAAUGUGGACACUGAUCAUAACGUUGAGGUUACUGAUCCUGUGGACAUUUAUCAUAACGUUGAAAUUACUGAUCCUGAACCUAGCUGUACUAGAGAUUGAAUACCAGUGAAGACAUUUAUCAACUAUGUUUCAUAUGUUAACAUUUCAUAUCCAUCUCUCCCCUAUCAUAAUUCAAACUCACUUUAUACUUUGGUCCUAAAUAAUG